GAGUCAGACGCUGGGCAGGGACGCCACAGCCCCCGCGGGGCGGGGUCAGCGCUCAAUGCGGGUGGCGGAGGCGCGCGCUGAUUGGCCAAGCGCCUUCCCCUCCCCAUCAGCCAUUGGUGGGCCACUCGCCCGGGCCCGGCGCGCGGCGGGGCAGGACUUCCGGGGCGGGGCCGGCUGUUAAGCGGCGGGGCUGCGGGACCGGCCCGAAGUUUCCAGAAGAGUCGGGAUCGGAGCAGCGCCGAGUGGCAUCUGCGUCCGCCGCCCCGGGGGCCUCCUGCCGCUGCCACCGCCGCUAUGGUGAAGGAGACGACCUACUACGAUGUGCUGGGCGUUAAGCCCAACGCGUCCGCCGAGGAGCUGAAGAAGGCCUACCGCAAGCUCGCGCUCAAGUACCACCCGGACAAGAACCCCAAUGAGGGCGAGAAGUUCAAGCAGAUCUCGCAAGCUUACGAAGUGCUGUCGGACUCGAAGAAGAGGGAGCUGUAUGACAAAGGAGGCGAGCAAGCUAUCAAGGAGGGCGGCUCUGGCGGCGGCUUCGGGUCACCCAUGGACAUAUUCGAUAUGUUCUUCGGCGGCGGGGGAAGGAUGCAGAGGGAGAGGCGAGGCAAAAAUGUGGUCCACCAGUUGUCAGUAAGUUUGGAAGAUAUGUACAAUGGUGCAAUGAGAAAACUUGCACUGCAGAAAAAUGUCAUCUGUGACAAGUGUGAAGGUCGUGGUGGUAAGAAAGGUGCAGUAGAAUGCUGCCCUAAUUGCAGGGGAACAGGCAUGCAGAUCAGAAUUCACCAGAUUGGGCCAGGAAUGGUGCAGCAGAUCCAGUCUGUGUGUAUGGAGUGCCAGGGGCAUGGGGAGCGUAUCAGCCCUAAGGACCGGUGUAAGAGCUGCAAUGGCAGAAAAAUUGUUCGGGAGAAGAAGAUCCUGGAAGUUCACAUUGACAAAGGAAUGAAGGAUGGUCAGAAAAUAACAUUCCAUGGUGAAGGGGACCAAGAGCCAGGUCUGGAGCCCGGGGAUAUUAUUAUUGUCUUGGAUCAGAAAGACCACUCUGUAUUUACAAGACGAGAUGAAGAUCUACUUCUGUCUAUGGAUAUUCAACUGGUUGAAGCACUAUGUGGCUUUCAAAAGCCCAUCACAACUCUGGAUAACAGAACUAUUAUUAUUACCUCCCAUCCUGGCCAGGUUGUUGAGCAUGGGGCUAUUAAGUGUGUGUUGAAUGAAGGUAUGCCAAUCUAUCGCAGACCGUAUGAAAAAGGACGUCUGAUCAUAGAAUUCAGGGUGAUCUUCCCAGAGAGUGGCUUCCUCUCCUCAGAUAAGCUGUCCUUACUCGAAAAACUGCUACCUACAAGGCAGGAGAUAGAAGAAACUGAGGAAAUGGAACAGGUGGAAUUAGUGGACUUCGAUCCGUCUCAAAAGCGAAAACACCAUUAUAAUGGAGAAGUGUAUGAAGAUGAUGAGCAUCAGCCUAGAGGUGGUGUUCAGUGCCAGACAUCAUAAAUGGGCCAGUGAAUAACUUGUGAUGCUUGUUUUGUAUGCAGUAGUGGAUGAGUGAAGGACUACAAGCAGUUUACCCUCACCUGCUAUUUGUUGUUCUAUCCAGCCAUAGUCAUUUCUAAAAGCAAAAAGAAAUAAACUAAGUAAUUAAACUGACUUUGCGAUUUGUAUAAAGCUCCAGGAUACAAGCUGAAAUGAAGUUGACUGCACUUCACCCCUGCCUCUUGCUCCAGACUCCCUUACCUGCUUGUCUUUUAUUCCAAACCUUGUAAUUGCUGUAUGUGUGCAAUUGCCCAGGCUUAAACUAAGAUUCUGUGGUGUGCUUUUUAGAAAUUCUAGAUCUUAUACUCCGUGAAUAAAGUAUGCACAAGUACUUAUAA